AUGGCGGGUGGCAAGGAGGUUCUGGCCCAUGAGGUCGGCCUGGAUGCGAAUUCCCAGGAUGAUCGAGAUAUGGAGCGUUUGGGGAAAGCCCAGCAGUUUAAGGUCGGUCGCCGAAACUUCAAAUUCUAUUCGAUUCUGGGAUUCACAACGACGUUGAUGGCCUCGUGGGAGUCUAUUCUUCUCACGAGUACCUAUGGCCUGAUUGAUGGUGGGCGAGCCGGCAUGGUCUAUGUCUAUCUCGCGUCGUUUGUGGGAUUUUUCGCAUCUGUUAUUUCUAUGGCAGAGAUAUCUUCGAUCGCCCCAACCUCCGGAGGUCAAUAUCACUGGGUCAGCGAAUUCGCGGCUCCGCGCUGGCAACGGUUCUUGAGCUAUCUGACUGGGUGGCUGUCCGUUCUGGGGUGGCAAGCGGCCUUCGCCAGCAUUUGCUUCCUCUGUGGAACCCUGAUCCAGGGUCUUCUCGUGUUCAACUACUCUGGCCCUGAGGGAUAUAUCUAUGGCUAUGAGCGCUGGCAUGGAACCCUGUUGACAAUGGCGAUCGCUGCUGUCGGCACAUUGGUCAACACCUACGGCGCGAAGUUUUUGCCUCCACUGGAGGGCAUCAUCCUGGGCCUUCACAUCUUUGGAUUCGUUGCCGUCCUGGUGCCAAUGUGGGUGAUGUCGCCCGGCCAGGCCCCGUCAUCUGAAGUGUGGACUGUGUUCGGCAACGAGGGUGGCUGGGCAAGCAUGGGUCUGGCGUGUCUAGUGGGCCAGCUUACUCCCAUCUUUUCUUGGACAGGGCCCGAUGCUGCAACUCAUAUGGCAGAGGAGGUUCAAAAUGCGGCUCUUGUUGUUCCAUGGUGCAUGGUGUCUACUGCCCUGAUCAAUGGUGGCCUAGGAUUCGUCAUGCUUGUCACUCUUUUGUACAACAUGGGCGAGAUUGCCGAUGUUCUUAACCCACCGAGCAGCUUUUCAUUCAUCCCAGCCGUCCAUCAUGCGACAGGGUCCGUAGCUGCUACAAAUGGCGUGGCCGCAAUAAUUCUCGUCAUGGAAGUUUGCAGUGCGAUUGGUAUCCUUGCGACUGCCUCCCGACAGACCUUUGCUUUUGCCCGUGAUAACGCCCUCCCAUUCUCUCGUUCUCUAGCCCACGUCAACCGUCGUACUCAGAUCCCAGUUACCUCAGUUCUUGUUUCCACUAUUAUCACCCUGCUGCUGAGCUUGAUUAACAUCGGCUCUACUGCUGCCUUUAACGCGAUCGCAUCUGUCAUGAUCGCUGCACUAUUUACCACGUAUAUCUUAUCGAUUGGUGCAUUCAUUCGAGCUCGAUUCCAGCCCGGUGGAAUCCCUCCUUCUCGUUUCUCUCUUGGAGCGCUCGGAUUGCCUAUCAAUGUUUUCUCUGUGGCGUAUCUCUGUUUCGCUAUCAUCUUCACUUUCUUCCCGACCGCCGCGAACCCCACGCCGGUAGAUAUGAACUGGUCGAUUCUCGUUUUUGGAGUCGUGGUGAUUUUCGCUAUCGUCCAGUACCUUGGCCAUGGUCGCCUUGUCUAUCAAGCUCCAGUGACGCAGGUUCGCAAGACGGAAUAA